AUGUUCGCCAUUGGAGGUGUCUUCAAAGCUUAUAAAUCCAUUGUAUCAAAACGGAAUUCUUCCCAACAAGACAAGAAUGAUUCAUUUGAUAAAUCCAAUCGCAAGGGAUCUAAUCAUAAAGAAAGAGACGAAUUACAUAAUCUCCCUGAUGAAGACGAUGAAGAUUCUGUUUCCCCAAGUUUUUUCAGAAGACUUGAAAAUCUUCCACAAUCUAAUAAUAAGGACCCACCUCUCAAAAGAAGCACAAGCCUCGGCGCCGGCAGCGAUGGUACCUCGUCUCUUUCUAGAAACAUGAGUAAAAAUCGCCGGAACCCUGUAUCCGCCGCCGCUAAUCAUCUCUACCGAAUGGUGAGCCAUAAGAAUAUGGAUUCUAAUCCUACUACAUCGGCAACCACAAAGGCGAAUGAAUUCGACGUGAGCAGCCGCGAACAUUCUUCAAUCGACGAAUUUGGGAUAGGUGAUAUUCCUCUUCCUCGAAGUUUAAGCCAGAAAUCCAUGACAACAUCAACUAGCCAACGUCAUUUGGGUAGAUCUCUUUCAAGGAAAUACAGCCAGAAAGGGUCUAUGCCGGACCUACUUUCCACUGUCGAAACGGGGGCUCCUCCGUCUCCGGUUCCGGCAAUGGAGAAGAGCAUGUCGAGGAGUAUCAGCAGACAGGGUACGGUACCGAUCAUGUUUUCAAGCUCAAAUGGUUUGCUAAAGCCACAAGCAAUUGAGAGAAGCUUAGAUUGUACCCUGGAGGAACUUUGUUAUGGAUCCGUGAAGAAGAUUUCUGUUGCCAGAGACGUAAUAAACGAUAUUGGGUUUUUGACCCAAGAAGAGGAGCAACUAACUGUAAGAGUGCAGCAGGGAUGGAGUGAAGGAACGAAAAUAACAUUCCCAGGUACAGGGGACGGGAGGCUAGGGACAUGUCCGGCCGACAUAGUUCUUGUAAUUACAGAAAAGAGACAUCCAAUGUAUUCAAGAAGGGGGGAUGAAGAUUUGGAGUUGGGUGUUGAAAUACCUCUUGUUGAUGCCCUAACCGGAUGCACGAUCAUGGUUCCAUUAUUAGGUGGUGAGAAGGUGAAAUUGGAACUGGAUAAUGUGGUAAAGCCAGGAUUGGAAAAGAUUAUACCUGGGCAAGGGAUGCCAAAACAAAAAGAUGAAUAUAGGAGUAGGGGAAAUCUCAUACUCAAAUUCUUUGUUACUUUUCCCGAUCAUCUAUCUGAUGAACAGAGGCUACAAGUCUAUUCUAUAUUGUCCUCCACCACGCCAUCAUGAUUCUUCAUCUUUAAUCUUCUUUUA